UGGCUGUGCUACCUUCGUCUUUCCCGUCAUGGUCAUGGUCUUCAGGACCGCUCUCGUUGCUGUCGCCGCUGUCGGUCACGUCGCCGCAGCGCUCAAUGUCUACCAUCGUAUCGUGCAUCUCGACCUUGAUGAACAACCUUUCUCUCUCCGUGGCCGGCUCCUUCUCGACGACGACACGGCCUUUGCACCAUCACCCUCUUUCUCCAGUGACCUCUUUUCUUUCGCCCAGACACUGAAAGAACUGAACCUCGAUAAUGACCGCGCCUCCUACCAGGUGGCCCUAGAUCAUUCAGACCGCUGGGAAUUUUCGUCUGUAAAAUUCUGUCACCUUGCUCAGCCAUUUGCUGAAGACUUGAUAAUCCAUACAGCAGACUUAUCAAUACCGUACGCUAUUGAUUAUUUUGUAUCGCCAAUCCCCCAAGAUGGAUCUUGUCCAAAGACAUUUUGGGUAGAUCCCUCCCGUGCCGGACCUAUAAAUACAACAAUCACUCUUCGCCCGCGACACUUUCCACCCUUACCUGAACUUCGAGCUCCCCCACCUCUGACGCCACAAGGUGAACCCGUGCAGCCUCCCGAAGAAAAGAGUUUCUUCCAGAAGUAUUGGAUGUACAUCGCUGCGGUCCUCAUUGCUCUCACACUUUCAGGUGGCGCUCCAGAAGAGGAAGGGGCUAGACGUCCGGCGUGAUAUUCGCUGUCGAGGUUCGACAUCACUUUUACCCUGCAUUCCCGAGCUUUGUUAUAUUUUCUUCGGUCAUCGGGAUCUAUGCUAGGAUCGCAGAUUCUAUUGUGUAUUCUGCACAUACUCCACGAAUAUAUUUCUUUACCGCCGCGCCUUUGCCGCCAGCAAUGCGCAGCAUUAGUAUAGUUACCUAGUAUACUGAUGUCCGACUGCGGCAUGGCAGCGAUGCGAAACUUGUCCG